GUGAUACUGCUCAAAGUAUAAUGCGUGGAAUAGCCUUCAGAUUCGAAGACCUGAAAACUCUAUUCUUCCAUAUUAAACAAAAUACUAAAGCAAAGAAAUCUUCAAAAUCAUCCAAGUCGCUUGAAGUGCAUGUUCCACAGUUGCACCAACUGACUUACAACUACCGAUCGCAUGCAGGUAUUUUGAAACUGGCGUCAAGUAUACUAGAAGUUCUUGUAAGAUUUUUUCCUGAGUCGUUUGAUCGUUUAGAACCAGACCAAGGUCUUUUUCCUGGACCAGAACCUAUUUUGAUUGAAUCCUGCACAUUUAGUGAUUUGGCUGUGCUGUUAAGUGGAAACAGAAGAGAGACAUCAAAUAUUGAAUUUGGUGCACACCAAGUCAUUUUAGUAUAUAACGAAGAAGCCAAAGAAAACCUGCCAGAAGAGCUCAGCUGUGGUCUUGUACUGACCAUUUAUGAAUCAAAAGGACUCGAGUUUGACGACGUGUUACUUUUCAACUUCUUCAAGUACUCCCAGGCUUCUAAAGAGUGGCGGGUGGUUACAAAACAUCUAAAUGAGCUUGCAGAAACAGUCUAUUCUAGAACCUCUCGGACAGAACAGUGUGUACGGAUUGACAAUGACUUGUUGAUGUCAAGUGGCCGACCACGGCCUUUAGACUUUGAUCCAAAUCAACACAAGAUAUUGUGUUCUGAACUAAAACAGUUGUAUACGGCAUUGACUAGGGCUAGAGUUAAUGUUUGGAUAUAUGACGAAGACCCUGAAAAAAGAGCUCCAAUGUUUGAAUAUUUCAAAGCUCUUAACCUUGUCAAGCCAGUCGAUAUAACAGAGCUUAAUGAAGAAAGUUUGUCAAAAGUAAUUUUUGCGGAAAAUUCAAGCAAACAAGAUUGGAUAAAACAAGGAGACUCGUUUAUGAAAAAUCACCUCUACAAUGUGGCAGCGCAAUGUUUUGGUAAAGGUGGAGACCGAAGAAAGCAAAUGUUAGCACAAGCACAUGACAGAGCAUUGCUGGCUUCAAGAAGAAAAGACAAGUUAAGAGAAAAGAAUGAAAUGAGGGACGAGUUCUUAUUUGCAGCUGAGCUGUAUCUUAACUGUGAAAGGUAUCCCGAAGCUGCAAAAUGUCUAAGCAACGCUAAAGAAGUGAAACCAGCUAUUUCCCUCUAUACUAAACUUAGACAGUUUGAAAAGGCUGCCGAACUUUGCAAGAAGAAUGGUUUAAUCGUUGAAUGUAGCAGAUUGUACGAAAGUGCCGAUAAAUUCAAUAAAGCCGUUUCAAUUUUGUAUGAAAACGGUGUAUACGACAUUGCUCUUGAUGUCCUGAAACGAUACAAAAUGCGAGAAACGGAAAUGAUGAGGAAUGACUGCCAGUCACUGGAACGUCUGAGAACAAAUAGACCUGAUAAGAUAUAUACAAAGGAAAAGAUAAGUCUGAGAGCUGCUGAAAAAUACCAUGAACAGAAUGAUUUCAAGCGCAUGCAAGAGGCUGUCAGCAGAUUUCGUGAUGAGGAUGACAAGAUUGAGUUUUACAAAAAGCAUCAGUACAUUAAUGAAGCUGCAAAUUUGAUCGCCAGUUCUGGUAAAGUUUCUGAGGCUGUAAAUCUAUAUAUGAAGCAUGGGAUGUUAGACAAGGCAAGAUACAUUGCUGAAAAGUCAAAAGAUGACAUCAUUAUAGCAAAGACUUUACAUGACAUCUCCAGAAUUACGCUUGCAACUGAACAUGAUAACCAAGCUCUUGAUACUGUUAAAGAUGAUCUAACCAAAUCUUUGGAAAUUUUCAAGAGAUAUGGAGAGAAAAAUCUGGCCGGAAAUGUGUUGCUCUUGCAUGCCAAAGUAUAUGAUGAUAUCAAAUUCAUUUUAUCUGCUGGAGAGGCAUUUUUGGACACACGCCCAUGUAAAAAUGAAGCAGGCUAUUUAGAAUGCUGCAAUCUAUUGGUGAAACUUACUGAUCAAAAAGAUCAAAAUAUUUUAGAUUUUCUCUUGAAAGGAGUUAAUUGUUUAAUCAAAGUUUGUAAUAUCAUCCUACUGAAGUUCAGUUCUAUAUGCAAAGGGGACUUGGCAGACGAAAAGAAGUUUGUGACAUAUUGCCAUUUUUAUGGCAUGUUUCCCAAAGGGGAUGUAAAUUUCGAAGUUUUUCCUGCAACAAAACCACUGUGUGAAAACAUUCUUUCAAUAAAGCCUGCAUCAAGCACACACAAGGUUGUAACCUUAGACACAGAACGGUGUUCUCAUAUGAUUGUUUGCCAUCUCCUGACAUAA